AUGGCUUCAACUGAGGCGAAUAUACUGGAACAUGCAUCGAAGUUCGGGACCCUGAAACAGGUGCAGAAGUCCCUCUGUACCACGGAACGCCUGUCAGUGCCUGUGGGAGGGACCAGCGUACGUGGUCUUCUCCAUCUUCCUGCGGGAUAUGCAGAGAACAAGGAGAGAGUCGCUGCUGCUGCGAUACUCCUUUCUGGGGCCGGCGGGGGCGUCGUUGGCCCUUCCUCAAUGUAUAUCUCCAUUGGAGACAAAGUCGCCAGUCUCCGACGUGGCAUUCCUGUGCUUCGGCUGGAUUACCGCUAUCCGGCCCAUGACACUCCCUGCGUGGAAGAUGUGGUUGCGGCAAUGGACCAUUUGGAGCAGAAGUAUUCUAUUCGCAAAUUCGUCUUGGUUGGCUGGUCAUUCGGGGGCGCGCCAGUGUUCACAGUGGGCGGGCAAGAGAAAGGGUGUGCUACCAUUGCAAGCCAAACCGCAGGUACGAGUGGGAUAGGGAAGCUUGCCCCAAGGCCAUUGCUCUUGCUCCACGGUACCGGCGAUCGAAUAUUGCGAUGGCACUGUUCCCAGAGCCUCUACGAGUCGUAUGGAAAAGGUGGGGAGCGACAAUUGAAGCUCUUCCAGAACGACGAUCACGCGUUGACAAGACAUGCGCUCGAGGCAGAGGAACUGCUAUGCGAGUUUAUUGCGAAGUGCGUUGGGCUGAGGAUAGAGAACGAUGAGCAAGAAAAGGUCAUCCAGAGGCCGUUGGUGGACACCGGCGAAAGAGUAGAAUUGAUGAAGAAGGGCGGCGAUCUCGAGGGCGAGAGCAUCGAGUAA